UCCCUCCUCAUUUACUGUCUGUGGGGCCUGAGAAACGUUAAUUCAUCUCACUAAGCCUCAGAUUACCCAUCUAUAAAAUGGGAAUGGUUUUAUACCUAUCUGAUAGGGUGGCUGACUGGAUUAAGUGAAUACUAGUAAAUAUACAUAACACUUGCCAUAAUAUAUUAUUAUUAUCCACGAGGCUGCCUUUUUUUGACUGGAACCACCAUAUUCUUUCUGAGAAGUCUCAGGCGUGGCCACUUCCUGUGAAGAGCCCAAACCCUACACUCCCCUGCUGGCUUUCUGCGCCUACCAAGCCCUUUACUCUGAAAGGCUGUUAUUACAGGAAACAAUUGUUCAUUUCCCCGCCCCGCCCCCCCUCCUCCAUAUCACCGUCUUCAGAAAAAGAGGAUCUCAUCCAGAAAUCAGAAUAUAAGCGAUCAGGCAGGGAGCAUGGUGUAGUGUGUGCUGUCUCAGGCUGGGUGUGUGGAGUCCCGUGCUGACCGGAGAGGCUGCUCUUAGUCACUGGGAGCUAUUGCGCUGAGCCUUCCCUUCCUGUGUCUCCCAGAAACAGCCUGUGUCUGGCGGUAGAAGCCUGUCCCCCAGAGGUGUCUCCAAAAGCAGCCCCUGGAUGCCCCACUCCAGGUUGCACCCAUCCAUCCCUCGGCCCAGGAGUUACACGGCCAAGAUAGCAGCCGCUGGCCUGCUGAUUGCCUGUCUGGCAGCCUUUUGGUUCUUGGGGGAGUCGCCAAAACACGUUCGCCAGUGUCUGUUGCUCCACCUGGCCUCCCUGCAGCUGGGACUGUUGUUCAAGCGAGUCUGCAGUCUGGUCGAGGAGCUACGCCACGUCCAUUCCAGGUACCAGGGAAGCUACCAGAGGGCUGUGAGGGCCUGUCUGGGAAGCCCCAUCCGCUGUGGGGUCCUGGUGCUGCUGUCCUGCUAUUUCUAUGACCCCCUUCCAAACGAAGCUGGCUUGUCCUUCACUUGGAUGCUUUCCCUUCUGGGCCUCUCAGAGGCACUGAGCAUCAUCCUGAACCUCCAGGGCCUGGCCCCAGCUGAGAUCUCUACAGUCUGUGAACAAAAGAACUUCAACGUGGCCCAUGGGCUGGCAUGGUCAUUUUAUAUCGGGUACCUGCGGCUGGUCCUACCAGGGCUUCCGGCCCGGAUCCAGAGUUACAAUCAGUCCCACAACAAUAUCCUACGAGGCGCAGCAAGCCAUCGGCUAUACAUCCUCUUCCCAUUGGACUGUGGGGUGCCUGAUGACCUGAGUGUGGUUGACCCCAACAUUCGCUUCCUGCAUGAGCUGCCCCCGCAACUCACUGACUGUGCUGGCAUCAAGGGCCGGGUUUACAAAAACAGCAUCUAUGAGCUUCUGGAGAACGGGAGGCUGGUGGGCACCUGCGUUCUGGAGUAUGCCACCCCCUUGAAGACCCUGUUUGCCAUGUCACAGGAUAGCCGAGCUGGCUUCAGUCGGCAAGAUCGGCUUGAGCAGGCUAAACUCUUCUGCCGGACACUUGAGGACAUCCUGGCAGAUGCCCCUGAGUGUCAGAACAACUGUCGCUUCAUUGUCUACCAGGAACCUGAAGAGGAAAGCAGCUUCUCCCUGUCACAGGAGAUUCUCAGGCACCUGCAGCAGGAGGAAAGGGAGGAGAUUACCGUGGGUAGUGUGGGGACCUCGGUGGUGCCUGACUCUUCCACACUGAACCAAGAGCCCGAGCUCCUCAUCAGUGAAAUGGAUAAGCCUCUCCCACUCCGCACAGAUAUCUUCUGAGCGCCACGGUCACCUUGCCUGAUCCCCCAGCGAUCUCCAAGACUCUGAACUGAGGGCUCUCUUUAGGGGCUAGAUGCCCAGCAAAGCUGUUUCUUCCCACAGGGGGGCCUCUCAAAGAAGUCACGGGGACUUGACAUCUCAAGAUGAGUCCUAUGACCUUGGGCAAGUUGUUUUACAUGAGCCUCAGUGUCCUCAUCUAUGAAAUGGGAUCAUAAUAAUUGCCCUACCUACCUCACAGGGUUGUUGUGAGGACAAUGACUGCAUAGAUGUUUCUUGUAAACUCUAAUUGCCAGGUAAACUUAAGGGAUGUGCCAGGUGUCUUCCAUUGGA